AUGGCUGUUCUUCACGAUACCAAUACCAGACCAGACGCAGAUGCAUACAGCAACCCUAACAAAGAGGUCUCAGAAUCACCGGAAGAGGACUUCGACAAGCCGUCAGAGGUGGAAAAACGCAUCAGACGUAAGGUAGACCUACGACUUUGCACGAUUGCUGGUCUGCUAUGCAGCCUUAAUCUCCUUGACAGCGGUAUCAUCUCAUCGGCAGCAGUGACAUCAAUGCCGCAAGACCUUGGACUGACCGGUGACCGCUUCUCCGUGUCUAUCUUCAUUUUCACCGUCAGUAGCAUAAUAUUCCAACUUCCUUCGACAAUACUCGUCCGCAUUGUUGGACCACGUCCAUUUUUUGCAACGGCCACAGUUUGCUUUGGUCUUAUCACUUUCUGCACUGCAUUCAUAAGAACAUGGCGCCAGAUGAUAGCGCUCCGAGUGCUCCUUGGAAUUGCGAUGAGCGGUAUAUAUCCUGGGCUGACCUACCUCAUAUCAACAUGGUACACUCGCAGUGAGCAGCAGCUUCGCUUUGCUUUCCUGCAAUGCGGCCAGGUCCUCGUGCUCGCCACAGGUUCUAUUGUGAACUUUGGUCUCAACCGACUGGAUGGUCACACCAAAUUUCGAGGUUGGCAGUGGAUGUUUAUGGUCCAGGGCGCUAUUACAAUAUUCUUCGGGAUCCUAACGUACUUCUGGAUUGUGGAUUUUCCGGAGCAGAGCCUGAAUAGUCUCUUCUUCCUCACCCCAGAGGAGGCAUCUCAAGCAGUAUUGCGCAUCCAACGGGAUCGAAAGGAUGCAGAAGCCCCAGAACCACUGCGUUUCCGCAGUAUACUGGUCCAUUUCUUGGAUCCGAAAAUCUACGCUUUUUGUGCACUCUUCUUCUCCAUGAAUAUUGUAUCAACCGCCUUGUCCUACUUCCUUCCUACUAUACUGCAGAGCGGCAUGGGCUUCUCCACCGAUAAAGCAAUUUUGCUAUCAGCACCUCCUUAUUACUAUUCAGUGAUACCUGUGCUAUUUUCAUCCCUGGUGGGUGACCGAUAUCGAUUGCGAGGCCCAAUCAUAAUCUUCAAUUCUUUAUGCCUCAUUGUUGGCUUCUCUAUGCUCGGCUUCCCGUCCCAAGUGACCGUUCGAUAUGUUGGAACGUACCUGGCGACAGGAGCAUAUAUUUCCAACUGGGCAGCGCUUAACGCGUAUCAAGCAAACAACAUUACCGGUCAAUGGAAGAGAGCUACCGUCGCAGCUGCUGUUGCUGCUUGCAACGGCUUAGGCUGUAUUGCUGGCAGCUAUAUCGUACGGAGCACUGAAGCUCCAAGUUAUAUAACUGCGAUCUGGGUUAGUAUCGGAUCCCAUAUACUGAUCAUCUUGAUCGUCUCGACUUGUACGAUUAUAUUUUGGCGUGCGAAUGAAAAACAAAAAAGAUUCGGCAAGAUCAUAGAGGGUGUAGUCGGCUUCCGCUACACAUAUUAA